AUGAAGCUGAACAUCUCUUUCCCGGCCACUGACUGCCGGAAGCUCAUUGAAGUGGAUGAUGAACGAAAACUUCAUACCUUUUAUGAGAAACAUAUGGCCACGGAAGUUGCUGCUGACGCUCUCGGUGAAGAAUGGAAGGGUUAUGUGGUCCGAAUCAGUGGGGGGAACGACAAACAAGCUUCCCCCAUGAAGCAGUGUGUCUUGACCAAUGGCCGAGUCUGCCUGCCACUGAAUAAGGGGCAUUCCUGUUACAGACCGAGGAGGACUGGAGAAAGAAAGCACAAAUCUGUACGGGGUUGCAUUGUGGAUGCCAAUCUGAGUGUUCUCAAUUUGGUCAGCGUAAAAAAAGGGGAGAAGGAUAUUCUUGGACUCACUGAUACUACUGUGCCUCGUCGCCUGGGGCCCAAAAGAACUUGGAGAAUCUGCAAACUUUUCAAUCUCUCUAAAGAGCAUGAUGUCCAUCCGUACGUUUUGAGAAAGCCCCUAAACAAAGAAGGUAAGAAACCUAGGACCAAAGCACCUAAAAUUCAGCGUCUUGUUACUCCACGUGUUCUGCAACAUAAACACAGGUGUAUUGCUCUGAAGAAACAGCAUACUAAGAAGAAUAAGGAAGAGGCUACAGAAUAUGCUAAACUUUUGGCCUAAAGAAUGAAGGAGCCCGAAGAAAAACGCCAGGAACAGAUUGUCGUGAGACAGAGGCUGUCCGCCCUGACAGCUUCUACUUCUAAGUCUGAGUCCAGUCAAAAACGAGAUGCUCUGGGCUUCCCUGGUGGCGCAGUGGUUGAGAGUCCGCCUGCCGAUGCAGGGGACACGGGUUCAUGCCCCGGUCCGAGAAGAUCCCACAUGCCGCGGAGCGGCUGGGCCCGUGAGCCAUGGCCGCUGAGCCUGCGCGUCCGGAGCCUGUGCUCCGCAACGGGAGAGGCCACAACAGUGAGAGGCCCGCGUACCGAAAAAACAAACAAACAAAAAAAGACAAAUGAUCUGAAUGGACACUUCACUACAGAAGAUAUAUGGAUGGAAAUAUGUAUAUUAAAAUAUGCUUAAUGU